AUGCCACUGGAAGGCCGUAGCGAGGCCCUUGUGGCUGUGUCUGUAGUGGUCAUGGUUAUAUCGCUUGUGACAGUAUCCUUUCGAUGCUUUGUGCGAUGGCGCAUACUCAAAGCAUUCGGGUGGGACGAUACACUGAUGGUUCUUGCGAUGGCUCUUGAUAUAGUGCUUACCGCAUGCGCAAUCGCUGGUGCAAAGGAAGGCGUUGGCCGGCAUUUCGUCGAUUUCCACAGCUCCGAAGACUUACACCACGCCAUGCUGUGGUGGUGGCUGGGUCAGUGCCUCUAUAUCUGCGCGUCCGGGAUCGCCAAAGUAUCCAUUGCGCUCGCGCUUCUCCGACUGUCGGUCCAGAAGUACCAGCGCAUGAUCCUGUGGACCGUUAUGGGAGCGUCGAUUUGUAUCAGCUUGAUAUUCUGGUUCCUCAUGCUUUUACAAUGUCAUCCUGUUUCGGAGUUUUGGGAGCGGACAGGGACGGGCAAGUGCUUGAACACUGAUAUAUUGAUUAAUGUGGCGUACGUAUACAGUGGGAUCUGCGCCAUCUGUGACUUUGCACUGGGGCUGCUGCCCAUUGAUCUCGUUCGCCAGCUGCAAAUCAAUCCAAAGACAAAGAUGGCGCUGGGCGCGACCCUGAGUUUAGGUUGUGUGGCGAGUGCAGCUGUUAUCCUUCGGAUUCCCUGCCUGCAUUACUACAAGGACAUUGAUUUCUUGUAUUCGACCUUUUCCAUCGACAUCUGGUCCUUUAUCGAGGUUGGCCUGGGAAUCACGGCGGGCAGUCUGGUCACCCUCCGUCCUCUCUUCCGUGCAGUUCUUGGUGAUCCACCCGAUCGCAAGGCGAAGAAAAGCCGUGGAAGCAUGCCACUGUCCAGCUUCACGGAAUACACGCGGAACCGGCUUGAUCCUGAAGAUGCCGCAGUGUGGCGGCCGCCGCCUGAUGCGACGCGGAACAUAACCACCACGGUGAUUUCGACUUUCCGAGGGAGUUUAAAUAGUCCCAUCACGCCAACCUUUGCGGCCGAGUUAAAGAAGGGCCGGUCCGUUCGGAUUAAAAAGUCAUUUCAUGUUACUGAAGAACAAGUUGGCUACUGA